CGGGAGUUUGCGUUGAAGGUGGGCCAAUAAGAUGCCUUUCCUUCUGAGAUGAGGAAGUUGUGGUUAAAAGUCUCGCCGGCAGCGCCAAAAGUCAAAAGUUUCCCGUGCUGAGAGUUUGGCACCUUAUUGAGGUUAAAACCUACCGUCUACAAGUUGUACAGCCGAGGCGACCUUUGACACCCCCCAGCUUUAUUUGCAGUGCAUGCAGGGUGGUGAGCGCCAGACGAGCGGAGCGAGGGGACACUUGAAGAAUCCCCCCCACCCCUGCAUCUGCUAGUGAGAGGCAACAACAGGCAGGGUCAAAGCAUCGAGGAGCUCCACCUUGUUGCCAUGACGACGCAGUCCAGCCCGCUCACCACGCAUGUGCUCAACACCAGCGAUGGCGUCCCUGCAGCCCGAAUGUCUCUCAGUCUGCAUCGACUGGACUCGGAGCUGAAGAUCUGGACCAUGCUGAACGUCGCGACGACCAAUGAGGACGGUCGCUGCCCCGGACUCAUCAGCCGGGCAUCCUUUGUCCCCGGCAUUUACAAAUUACGCUUUGAAACGGGCUCCUACUGGGACAGUCUGGGCCAGGACUCCUUCUAUCCUUACGCUGAGGUGGUGUUCAACAUCAGUGAAACCAAGCAGAAGAUUCACGUGCCCCUGCUGAUGUCUCGUUUCUCCUACAGCACCUACAGAGGAAGCUGAGCAACGUCAACACAUCUAUGCACACUUUCAUACUUUCAGCUUGUUUACUGACUUUCUAGGAGUGAAAAAUUACUUUUUUUAUCAUGAAAUUAUUGUAAUAUAAACAAAAACAAUUGGUUCAUAUACGUUUUGUUUUGAAACACAAAAAAUAGAAUAAGAAGCAACAUGUUAUUUUCAGUGUCGAAAGUAAUAACUAUGUAUUAAAACAUUUUUUUUUUUUUAUGAAUGUAUUAAAAUAUCCUCUUUCAGGAAGACCAGAUGUUCAAAGAUCAAUAUAUUUUUAUAUUUAAACGCAGGAUGCAACACCACAGAGUUUUUUUUCCUACAAACCAGCACGUGGUCUUGUCUUCAAACAUCAACUUCCGGUUCCGAUGUUCGAAUAUGAGAAAAUAAAUUUUUUGGCCUGA